AUGUACUUUUCCGGAACUCGUGAGUUUGGAGAAGGAAAAUUUAUUGUAAGAUGGCCAAUUGUGAAAUGGAGAAUGGUUUCCCAGAGCUGAAAAAUGAUCUGAUUUUACGAGCUGCGCGUGGCGAAGUGACAGAGCGAGCACCCAUUUGGGUCAUGCGGCAAGCGGGUCGCUAUCUGCCAGGUGAGGAACUUUCGUGACAGUGACACAACACUUUUUAAGAAAGGAAAAACUGGACUUAUGUAAUUGGUAUUGCCGUCUGAAAAUCUUGUAUAUUUAAGAGACCCAUCCAAUUACGAGGAAGCUACAAUUCUACCUUUAUUUCUUUGUCAGGUGUUCCAUCUUCUCAUUGAUUUGACACCAUAAUGAGAUGAUCGGGAUUAUUAAGUAAAAUUUAUGUAAUAUUUCAUUCAUUAAAGACUUAAAAUUCUCAGUAGUAAGAAAGCAUUGGGGAACAUCAAUUAAGUGAUUUACGAAGAAGUUUUUUUAAACCUUCCACUCCAUUUUAUGAUAAUUUGUCUUGGCUGAUGAAAUAUCAUUACAAUAAUUUUUAAAAAAUUAGUAAUGUGAUACACCUCGAAAGUUGUUAGAUCACGAAAAGGACAAUUUACUUUUUUGAUUGGAAUUGUGAUCUUUCAGAAUUCCUGAAAUUAAAAGCAGAAAACGAUGCUGAUUUUUUCAAGAUGGUACAGACUCCAGAGCUGGCUUGUGAACUAACUCUCCAGGUACAAAAUUAUGAGACUUCUGUGGUUAAAUUUCAAAAAAAUUUAAAGUCAUUCUACUCCUCUUUAGUAAUAAAUGAAUGAUCUCUUGAUUUUUGAAGCUUUAGGCCAACAGUGUGCUUAAACCUAUAAACCCUAAGAGUGACCAGCAUCUAAUUUCUCCUUACAGUAUAACUGCUGAUCACUUAUUAAGGUCAUGAGAAUAAAGGAAAUGAUCACAACAAAAGAAGCUCUUGAUUACUAAACAAAUUCUCCUUGUCAGCACCUUGGGAAAUGAAUAAUGAAGAGUCUAGAGAAUAUGCAGACUGAUGUUAGGGUGUGAAGGGUCAAUAAAGGCUUGGUUGUAUUUUCUUACACUCAGUUCAAGAAUAUACUUAUUUUUUUUCCCUCAGCCUAUACAAAAGAAGCUCUUGAUUACUAAACAAAUUCUCCUUGUCAGCACCUUGGGAAAUGAAUAAUGAAGAGUCUAGAGAAUAUGCAGACUGAUGUUAGGGUGUGAAGGGUCAAUAAAGGCUAGGUUGUAUUUUCUUACACUCAGUUCAAGAAUAUACUUAUUUUUUUUCCCUCAGCCUAUACGAAGAUUUCCUCUGGAUGCAGCCAUUAUCUUUUCAGAUAUUCUUGUUAUCCCUCAGGUAUUAUGAUAAUGUUAAUCCAUUAUUUUCAUGUAAAUCUUAAAAACCUAUUUCCUUCAGUUGUCUGCUUCACUUAAUGCUUCAAAAUUCACUUAGUUAAGGGCUUUAUUAUUUACCCCUUUCCACUUGAAAAUCACCAUAGAGUUCUCCUUUUUCUCCUCUCUCAAUCUUUCCUUGUGUCUUCAACCCUGAGGUAGCAGUAAAAGUGUCAGAGUACAUGGGAUUAGAUAAGGUCUUUAGAUCAAGGGGCCAGUAUAGUAGCCAUUUCUCCUUUUUCAUAUGGCUACUAAAAAGAAUUUUGCAUUUAAUUUCAAUGGCUUGAGAAAUUUUUUUUUCUGAUGAGGAGAAUACUAUCCUACCACUCAUCUUUUCAUGAGAACCCUGCAUGUUAACCAAUGUGUUUAUAGAUACUUUGUAUCCAACAAAGUUCAUUAAAAGUUGUAACACAAUAUCUUUUUUUUCCCAGGCUCUUGGGAUGACAGUUCAAAUGAUACCUGGCAAGGUUUGUUAUUUAACUGUAACUUGCAUUUAGGUGUCUUUCAAUGAAAUAAUUAUUACCAAAUUGUUACUAGUUAAAGUAAACAAUAACUGUUUUAUUUCAUUCCCUACCCAAAUUUAGGGUCCAGUAUUUCCCGAGCCCCUGAGGGAACCAAGUGACAUUGAGGUAUGAAUAGAAUGCGUUUGAAAAAUUCAUCUCCAAGAAACAAGUCACACUUCUCUGCAAUUUCCUAAUUCUAGAAUUAUUAAUAGAGGGUAAGGUAUAGACAAAAGAAUGAACAAGGUGAUUUCUUCCACAGAAACUUGUACAAGAAGUUGAUUUAGAGAAGACUCUUGGAUAUGUUUUCCAAGCAAUAACUCUAACAAGGAACAAACUUGAAGGAAAAGUUCCUCUCAUUGGUUUUACAGGAGCUCCGGUAAGAAAACACAAUUUUUUGUUCUCUUCUCCACAGUCCCACCAGUGACCAAGACAGAAUUUCUCCUUACUCUAUCAGUACAAUAUCAAGCAGACAAGUAAUGAGAAUAAAGAAAAAUAUCAAUUAGGGAAUGGAUGGUUGAUCCAAUUCCAAAUUCUCCAAAUUAACAUCACAUAGAUUGAAUCGCAGACAGUAGCAAGAAUUACUAAUGAAAUCUUGGGAGUUAAAGGGUCAAUUAACAGAUUUUAAGAUGAUACUACUAGUUUUUAAGAUGUUACUGCUAACUUAAAGAUAGUUUUAUCAUAUGAGCCUCUGCUUACUAUAUAUUUUAUUCCUUGUUUCACAGUGGACUUUAAUGUGUUACAUGAUUGAAGGAGAGAGCAGCAAAACUUUUAAUAAAGCUCGUAAAUUCUUAAACCAACAUUUGGAAGUUUCUAGCAAGCUGUUACAACAGAUGACUGAUUUGAUUGUAGAUUACUUGGUUCUACAAGUUCGUGCUGGAGCACAGGUGAAAAAGUGCUUUACAUAGCUUAAAAAGUGUAAUUUGUCUCACAAUUUAGUCACUCAUGAUGUGGAUUAAAAGUGACUGCUUGAUAAGGAAAAUGGUUAUAAUUCAUGAUGAGCACUGUCAACUUUGUACUUAUGUAUGGAAAGAUUCUUUUUUCCCCAAACUAUGAACAAAAAGAUGCAGGAGACUUGGUAGCCCGGCUUCCAGCAUAUUGUACUCCAGAUCAAGAAGUGAUCACCAAGUACCACCAAAGGAUAAAUCAGAAACUUGAGCAAUUUCUGUGGGUGGGUAGGUGGGUGGGUGAAACCUGCAAUCAACUAAUGUCCCAUCCAGUGGGAGUCAUAAUACUCCCAGUAACUUCAUACCUAGAAAAUGGCACAAGAUCUAGCAGUGAUGGGCCACCAACUAUCUAAAGGAUCCCCCUGCCCUCUAUAAAGGAAUACAAAAUUAUGUAUCACAGACUAUAUUCUAAACAGUUUCCAAUAAACAUCUGGGAUUAACUGGUUACAAUGGUCUGCAAUUUUAGAAACAGCAAAAACAAUGAACAAUUCAUUUAUAAUUAUGUUAUAAUUGCCUCUGUUUUCUUUCCUUCAUAGAUGUUACAAGUGUUUGAGUCUCAUGCAGAGGUUAUUGGCUAUGAUACAUUCAUGCUGUGUUCACUGCCGUACCUCAAACAAAUAGCUGAAAAAGUCAAAGAAAAGUUAGGACCUGAUGCGGUUCCAAUGGUAAGGACUGAACUAGGGGUCAUUUUUAAAACUUAUGAUUUGGAAUUAAUAAUUACGUAUUGUUGACUGCACAGGUGUUUAGAACAUUUACCUUUUUUUUUUGUUAGACUAUUUUUGCCAAGGGUGCACACUAUGCCAUCAAAGACCUCUCUCAAAUUGGAUAUGAUGUUAUCAGUCUGGACUGGACAAUGUCAGCAAAAGAUGCAAGGUUAGAUCAUAACACCUCCUUACUAAACCACAAAUAAGAUUUAUAUCAGCUGAUAUUAGCCAACACCCUUAUGACUACACACUGGUUAUGCUGUGUCCCAUGAUUGAGUGUUCUGGAUGAGCCAAUCAUGGUUAUAAUCAGCGACAAGUAUGAGCUGAUGCUCCAUAAAUCUUUGCUUUUGUGGAUCUAGGAAGUCAGUCAUGGAUUUUACACACAAUUUUUACUUGUCUGAAAAAGUUACCAGUAGUGUUCAACAAAAAUUUUGGGCAUGAUUUUCUAUUUGGCAGGAUUGUUGCACCAACAGUGACACUUCAAGGGAAUCUUGAUCCAGCCUGUCUGUACAGCAGUCAUGUAAGUGAUUGUCUUUCUCAGUAUUUCAAGGUCUUUUUCUACCCAAUGUCUUAUUUGUGAACACUAUUUGCUUUCAUUUAUAGCAGUCAUUCACCUUUAUAGAGAUGUUCACUUUAAAAUUUGACCCAAUCAUGUCAAAAAAAAAUUUCAAUUUUUCAAGAGAAGACAAAAGGUCCUUUUAGUUUUGUUGUUCAACAGGUAAGUUUGAAAGAACAAAAUCCUAUCUAUAAGGAAGAACCAUAACUCAUAAUUUUACAAGUGCCUCAGCUAAAUCUGGUUGAAAAGUCUAACUGAUAUUUUUAUUUUUUAUUGCAAAUAUCUAAUUGCAGGAGGACAUAGUACAUGCAGUGAAAGACAUGUUGAGGAAGUUUGGUACCCAACGAUACAUUGCUAAUCUGGGACAUGGGAUGCAUCCAGAUCAUGAACCAGAAAAACUUGCUACAUUCAUAGAUACUGUUCAUAAUUACUCAGAGACACUCAAUGAAAGAAAAACGCCUUGUUCUUAAUGCAUGAACAUUUUUUACUAAUACAUGGUUAGUAAAUAAAAUCUUCAGCUAUCUACUGCAUUAGCAUACUGAUAGGAGAUUAUCAAAUGAGAGUAACAACUCAAUCACAUUAAAUUUUUUUCCUUAAAAACAGAAAAGUUCUGAAAAAAAACCUCAAACCUUAGUUAUCCAAAAUCAGUAGAGUUGCAGGGUUUUCAUUAGGAAACACUAAAAUGAAAAAAAGGGUAAAGUAACAAAGGCAUAAUCUUCACUUCACAAUAUACAAAAAAUCUCAGUCCAUCAAGAUUUAACCUGCAAUUUUUUUUCCACUUUGAUUCUUAAUCAACAGCCUGAGGCUGAACUAGAGAUUCCUGGUGUUGAACACUUGAGUUCACUAACUAUACUGCAGCACUUACUACUUUGUUACUUUCCCUACAUUGUCAUUACAUUACCCAGUAUUAAGGUGAAGAAAUAACAAAAACUUAUUAGCCAGAGGAUUUCUCCUAGAUAUCACACUGAAUGCUCUCAACAAACUAGCAAAAAUAGGUAUGGCAACCAGUAGGGAGAGUUACAAAUCACAUCACAGGAAGACAUACAACUUAUUGAAUUAUAGUUGAGAACUGUUCACAUUUCAUAGGUGACUACAUCACUAUUUAUUUUCUUACAUAAAAUUAAUUUAACACUGAAAGAAAUUCAGUAGUGGAAUUUCAACAACAAAAAUUAAAGCUGUUAAAACCUUAUGUAAGUGUACUACUAACAGUACUUCUUCUGGAUUAUUUACUUGUCAAAUUUCUCCUGUUAUACUCCUAUGCUAAGGCACCCUGACCAAUUUUAUCAGAACAAGCCAG